AUGACCGUGGCGGCGCUCGUUCUGGCCGCCGCCGCCGCCGUGGCCGUGGCCGUGGCCGCCGCUGACGACGCGCAGGAGUAUCCACCGCCAGAUGUGUACAGCUUCCAUGUGGUGAGCCACGUGCGGAACCGGUACGCCAAGACAGUGGUGACCAGCAGGGUGGCCAACACAGCCAACAUGUCCAGAGAAAUCAGCUUCGACGCCGUCCUGCCGGAGACUGCCUUCGUAUCGGGAUUCGUCAUAGAGAUGGACGGCAAGGCGUACGAGGCGUACGUGAAGGGGAAGGAGGAGGCGCGCGAGGAGUACCAGCAGGCCGUGCAGGCCGGGCUGGGCGCCGCGCACGUGCAGCUCAGUGCGAGAGAUUCAAACGUGGUGUCUGUGUCGGUUAACGUGGAAGCACAGAAGAAGGUGACCUUCAACUUGACGUACGAGGAGCUGCUGCAGAGGGAGCUGGGCGCCUACCACCUACGCAUCAACCUCAAUCCCGGACAGAUCGUGAACGAUUUAUUGGUGGAAGUGCACAUCAACGAGACGAGCGAUAUCACUCUGCUUGAAGUCCCCAGCUUGCAGCAGAGCAACGACGUCUCAGAGGAAGAGAAUUCUACUAACCCUCUGGCGCACAUGGAGAGGCCUUCCCCCACGACAGCCGAGGUGCGGUGGUCUCCCAGCAGGGAGGAGCAGGCGGCGCUGAGGGCGGAGGGCGUGCAGGGACAGCUGCUGGUGCGCUACGACGUCGACCACGCCGCCAGCCCCAACCAGAUACUCGUGACUGAUGAUGGAUACUUCGUGCACUUCUACUCACCACCAGACCUGCCACCGCUGGAAAAGUACAUCGUGUUCGUGCUGGACGUGAGCGGCUCCAUGAGCGGUCACAAGAUAGAGCAGCUGAGGCAAGCCAUGGUCUCCAUCCUUGAUGAGCUGAGUCCAAGCGACAACUUCACGCUCAUCGUAUUCUCCUCUGGUUCGUGGGUGUGGUGGCCAGAUUCCAGCACCUAUACAUCCUGGUAUGACUCGCCCUAUGGACCAGAAAAUGAUACUUUUGCUGUCGUACCUGCAACUCCAGCAAAUAUUGCCAGAGCCAAAAAGUUUGUGAGCGGUCUCGGUGCUGGAGGAGGUGAGUUCAGUAUUGUAGGUGGUGGUGGUGGUGGUGGUGGUGGUGGUGGUGGUGAAAAGGUUCAUGUCAAAAUAGAAGAAAAUAAAUUAUACUUAUAUGAGACUUAUGAAAGAGUGCAAAAAAAGACUGAUGACAAGAUGAAGUUGUCUCCAACAGGAACAGCGAUGCACGCAGCGCUGGACAUAGCACUGCGCGUAUCCAAGGCGGCCAGAUCGCGUCAAGACAUGCCACUUGUGAUGGUGCUGCUGACGGAUGGACUGCCCAAUGGGGCGCCAGAAGAAAUCUUGCAGGACUACACCGCGGCCAACGUGGAGCGGGGAGCAGCACUGUUUACGUUGGCGUUCGGUGAAGAUGCGGACUUCACGUUCCUCAGGAAGUUGGCGUUGCGCAACGGAGGCUUCGGCAGGCGCAUCUACGAGGCAGCGGACGCCCACCUGCAGCUGCGCAACUUCUACCGGCAGGUCGCGUCGCCACUCCUCUCCAGCGUCAACUUCACGUACGGGGAUGGACAGGUGGAGGAGGAGACCCUGACGCGGACCAGGUUCCCGACGCUGUUCCGCGGCAGCGAGCUGGUGGUGUCUGGUAGACUGCAGCCUGCAGCGCCACUGCUGGAGCCCGUGGUGUUGGGGGAGGGCCGCCAGCGCUACAGGUCACCUGCCAGGCUGGAGAAGGCCUCCUCUGGGGAGCGCCUCUGGGCCUUCCUCACUGUGCGACAGCUGCUGGACAUGGACGCCGCCAGCCCCAACCAGACACUCAAGGACAGGGCCAAGGAAGUCGCUCUGAAGUACUCCUUUGUGACACCCGUCACGUCACUGGUGGUGGUGAAACCUAACGACACUUCUGCUGUGGACCUGCAACGCGCUGGUGGAAGCCAGAGAGACUACUUCCCCAGCGGGACGCUGUCCACACUGUCGGCAGGCCAGAUCCAAGCCGGGGUGGUGUCCUUACCAUUGGCAGGAUACCUUCUAAGCUUACCGCUGUUCUUAACGUCAUCAGCGUUUCCCAUGCCUUUGGAUCCAUCCCAAUCUGCGUGCUGCCCCACUGCUGUGGCGAGUCCUAAGCAACCAAACGUGCAUUUCGGCCCACACAAAACCACAACGUUUCAUUCUGAUGCUGCUGCGUCUUCUGCCGGACAAGCGCAGACGCUGCGCAUAUCGGAGAUCACGUGGCUAGGCAGUGUCUCGAAUGCCUCACACAUCACACUCGAAGUAAACGGCACUGCACUGACCUACGAACUGGCCUUCAACAAGACGGAGUCGCAGCUGGAGGAGUGCGCAACCCCUGACGGAGGUCCCGGGCAGUGCCGCCACCUGGCCAACUGCGUGCUGCCCGGCUUCGCCCACAGCCUCGAUGACUUCUUGCCCUACUUCUGUGUGGUCGACAGCAGUUACGUUGGAGCUUGCUGUCCGAACACCACAUUUCCCCCCAUGCUCGUUGGAUGACACGCAUGCUGAGUGCCAAGGUCGCUGCUCUAAGCAGGGUUCUGUGUCAUUAAAAUACCUUCCAGAGCUGUGCAGAGCUAAACAGUAAUUUUUGUCGCCCAUACAAAGCCCAAACCUAGUUGAAUAAAUUCCAAAAUUUAAUUACUU